ACAUACACUGUACUGUACACACCACCGUUCCAUCACCGAAAGAGGAAAAGAAAAAGAAGAGUAAAACUCCCAUAUAUAUAGAUAUAGAUAUAUUUGGAAUUGGGUAGCUGAUGAGAGGAGGGGUCUGUUGUUCCAUUUUUGUACAAUUGAGGAAAUCAAACGAAAUACCCAUAAAUAAAUAAAUAAAUAAUAAAAAUAGUAAUAUAUUAGCAGCAAGCUGAAGUAGUAGCAGUAAUUUGGAAUGGCGGGUUACAGAGGUGACGAUGACUACGACUACCUGUUUAAGGUUGUGUUGAUCGGAGACUCCGGAGUUGGGAAGUCGAAUCUGCUGUCGAGGUUCACCAAGAACGAGUUCAACCUCGAGUCUAAGUCCACCAUUGGCGUUGAGUUCGCCACUCGCACCUUGAAUGUCGAUACCAAGGUUAUCAAGGCUCAGAUUUGGGACACUGCUGGCCAAGAAAGGUACCGUGCCAUCACCAGUGCUUACUAUCGUGGAGCAGUAGGUGCACUCCUUGUGUAUGACAUCACUCGUCAUGCAACAUUUGAGAAUGUCGACAGAUGGCUGAAAGAAUUGAGGGGCCACACUGAUUCCAACAUUGUUGUGAUGCUUGUUGCUAACAAAUCUGAUCUUCGCCACCUAGUAGCUGUCUCAACUGAAGAGGGGAAGUCCUAUGCUGAGAAGGAGUCACUUUACUUCAUGGAAACUUCAGCACUGGAAGCAGUAAAUGUGGAAAACGCUUUCGCUGAAGUACUGACUCAAAUCUACCACACUGUUAGCAAGAAGCAAAUGGAAGGAGGAGAAAAUGGGGCUGCAUCAUCCGUUCCUGCCAAAGGAGAGAAUAUAAAUAUCAAAGACAAUCAGUCUGCUUUGAAAAAACUUGGUUGCUGCUCAAGUUAGAACUAGGGAAUAGAAUUUUAUUGGCUGGAUUUGGUUUUGUUGUACGGUGUAUUAUUUUCAGAGGGAUGCAUACUAGAAACAAUUUGCUAAACCAAAAAGGGGAAUUCGCUCAGGGUAUUAAACUUAAUUGGUUAAACCACAACACAUGAGAUGAGAUGUAUGAACAGAAUUGGCGCAUAAAUGCCUUGGCUUUCCUGUUCCAA